AUGGAGGAACUUGGUAUUUCAGUAACUCCUACUAAUGGAGUCAUCGAUGGAGCUGCUGGUUCUUACGGCUCUUUGAUCGGACAACUCAACAAUAAUGUGACCGCAACUCUCAAUGGAAGUUCAGACAGUUAUUUAAAACUUAAGAAGCUCGAAAAAGAGCUGGAACUCUUGUUACUACAGGAGGAUUACAUUAAAGACGAACAGCGUCAUCUAAAACGUGAAUUGUUGAGGGCACAAGAAGAGGUCAAGAGAAUCCAAUCCGUGCCUCUCGUAAUUGGUCAAUUCUUAGAGCCUAUUGACGAAAGCACUGGUAUUGUGUCCAGUACAACAGGUAUGAGCUACGUGGUUAAGAUUUUGUCUACCUUGGAUCGCGAGCUUUUGAAACCUUCCACGUCUGUGGCAUUGCAUAGACAUUCGAAUGCACUUGUUGACAUUUUGCCACCAGAUUCGGACUCAAGCAUAUCCAUCAUGGGUGCAAAUGAAAAACCUGAUGUGACAUACGCUGAUAUUGGUGGUCUUGACAUGCAGAAGCAAGAAAUCAGAGAGGCAGUCGAACUACCCCUUGUGCAAGCUGACUUGUACCAGCAAAUUGGUAUUGAUCCACCAAGGGGUGUAUUGUUGUAUGGUCCACCAGGUACCGGUAAAACGAUGUUGGUCAAAGCAGUUGCAAACAGUACUAAAGCUGCAUUUAUAAGGGUAAAUGGUUCGGAAUUCGUUCACAAAUAUCUUGGUGAGGGUCCUAGAAUGGUUCGUGAUGUUUUCCGACUAGCUAGAGAGAACGCUCCCUCAAUCAUUUUUAUCGAUGAGGUUGACUCGAUCGCAACCAAACGUUUCGACGCACAAACUGGAUCUGAUCGUGAGGUGCAGCGUAUUUUGAUUGAGCUAUUGACACAAAUGGAUGGUUUUGACCAAAGCACUAACGUGAAAGUUAUCAUGGCAACCAAUAGAGCUGAUACGUUGGAUCCUGCUCUUUUAAGACCUGGUAGAUUGGAUAGAAAAAUCGAAUUUCCUUCGUUGAGAGAUAGGCGUGAACGUCGUCUAAUUUUUGGAACUGUGGCAGCCAAAAUGUCACUUGCACCUGAAGUAGAUUUGGACUCAUUAAUAAUUAGAAACGAUUCAUUAUCCGGUGCACUCAUAGCAGCUAUCAUGCAAGAGGCAGGUCUACGUGCUGUGAGGAAAAACAGAUAUGUCAUUUUACAAAGUGAUUUGGAAGAGGCAUAUGCCUCCCAAGUGAAGUCAAGCAGUGAUGUAGACAAGUUUGAUUUCUACAAAUAG